AUGGAGCGGCCCCCAGGGCCCGAGGUGACUCUGACAACAGGACCCCAGGAUGUGGCCAACCAGACACACCCUUCCACCCCAGGACUCCACCCCAGCAGGCAAGGACCUCCUCCUGGAUCCAGCUCUGCCUCCAACUGUGCCACGCUGCCCACCAGGCCAGGACGCUGCCCAGCAGGCCAGGGAGUGCGUGUGGAGACCCAGAAAGCAGGGAGGGACUCAGGGCGAGUGGCCGCAUUAGCGAGGAGUCUGGGGAGACCGCCUGUCCACCGCUCGCUGCAGUUUCCCUUUUCUUGGGACAGCGAAGCCCAAGGAGACCAGAGGCCGGAGGAGGCGGCGGGCGGCGGAGCGAGGCCCCCUCCACCACCCUGGACCUGGAUUUGCGCUCAGUCUUGUAGCACCGUUUAUUCCGGCCUUGAAGCCGCGGGCACGCCGGCGGUGGGAAGGCCUCCUCCACACAAAGAUGAGCGCGGCGGGAGGGAGGGGCCCGACUGCUCCCGGGGCGGAGUGUCAAAGGCCACGCCUGCAGGAAGGCGGCUCGGGGCGCUCCCCGUGGCGCUUCCCCACCCUCGCCCUCCCACUCCCGUCACGGGAGGAAAAUGUCCGUGCGACUGCGAGCGCCGGCAGGGGGAGGAGGCCGCGCGCGGCGGGGAGGACCCCGCGGGGGACCGAGGCCGGGGGAGCGAAGGCCCCGCGCCUCCCCAGGCGCCCCGCCCGCCCCCCGGCGCGGCCCGCGGCGCGGCCCGCGGCGCACGCAGCACGACCACGCGGGGGUCGCCCACGCAGAGCGCGCUCCCACCGCCCCGCGCCCGCCGGGGGCCGCAAACCGAGGGGGAGCACGGGCGGACCCGCCAUCCCCGCGCGGCCCUCACCUCCUCCCCCCCGCCCCUCAUUUCCCAGGCGCCCCCCACACCGCCUUCUCGCACCGAGAACGCCCCGCCCCCACUCGGGCGCCCCUCCGCCGCUCCCCUCAGUCACACGGGAGCCCCUCCCCCACCUCGACCCAGACCCCGACCCCCACUCACCGAGCAGCCCCGGGAGCGGGCGGGCGCGGGUCCAUGGCGGCCUCCCCUCCCCGCGCUCCCGGCGCUGCCGCGGCUUCAGCACCGGACAGCGCCGCCGGCCCCGCCCCGACACGCCCGGCUCCGCCCCCGACACGCCGCGCGUCCGCCCGCCGGCCACGCCCACGCCCCGCCCCGCCUCGGGGAGCGGUCCGCGAAACGUGUUCCGGCCUUCCUGGCCCCCAAACCCGCCGCGUCUCUGCGGGCGCCCAGCCCCCCGUGCCCCGCCCCUGGCCUCCUGCUGCCCUGUGGCCGCCGAGCCUCCUCGGCCCGCCUGCGUCCCACGGCUUCCUCGACCCCUCCGCCCCUGCGGGCGCCCAGCCCCCGCCCACCCCCGUACCCCACGCCGGCCCCCGGCCUGAGUGGGAAGCGCACCUGCAGCGGGCAGUGCGGGCCUCCCCAGGAAGGGGCUGGAGCCAUGAGGAGGGGGAGCCGCGCAGGGUCUGGCGGCUUCAGCACCUCCUUCAGUCUGGGAAGGAGGGGCUGGGGGAGCCUAGCCUGCGGGGUCAGCGGGGACGGGGGCUGCGGCCCUGAGCUCCAGCCAGCGGGGCCAGGAUUCCACAGUGGGGACCCUGCCCCGAGGGUCAGCUGUGCCUACUCCAGCCCGUCCCUGGUCCCUGCCGGGCCCUCAUCCAGACCCCCAGGCCCAUCCGCCUCCCGACCCUGCUCGGCACCCUCCGUGCCGCAGCACCCAAGAGAGCACUUCCUCCUCCUGUCUCCUGGCCUAGCAGGCAGGAUGCAGCAGCCGCCACCAUCCAUCGUGGUCCCACGGCGCCCUUUCCUCUUCCUGCUGCACUCCACAAAGGGUGGCCCACCGCCAGACCUGCGUUAG